GCCCGUUCCAGGCGCACAGAUUCUCUCUAAGGAGGCCCAGCAGGCCCAAAGCCAAAUCCUCACGGACGACGCUCUCAAGUUCCUGGCUGCCCUGCACAGGACAUUUGACUCUACGCGGCAAAGUCUCCUCGUCGCGCGAGUGGUCGCGCAGCAGCGUCUUGAUGCCGGCGUGCACCUGGACUUCCCCACGGAGACUGCGAAUAUUCGUGCCGACCCGUCAUGGGUGUGUGCGUCUCCCGCUCCCGGACUCGAGGACAGGAGGGUCGAGAUUACCGGCCCUCCGGACAGGAAGAUGGUCAUCAAUGCACUGAACAGUGGUACAAAGACCUUCAUGGCUGACUUUGAAGAUUCCAACUCACCGACAUUCGCGAAUCUGUUGAACGGUCAGGUCAACCUCUGUGACGCCAUUCGCCGCAAGAUUGACUUCGAGACUGGUGGCAAGUCGUACAAGCUCAGCCAAAAUCCCGCUGCCCUUAUCAUCAGGCCGCGAGGAUGGCACCUUGACGAGCCACGAGUCACGAUUGACAAUGAGCCAUUGUCGGGAGCCAUCUUCGACUUUGCACUCUACUUUUUCCACAACGCGAAGGAACUCGUUGCUCGCGAAUCCGGCCCGUACUUCUACCUGCCGAAGAUGGAGCACUACAGGGAGGCGCGUCUCUGGAACGACAUCUUUAACUUCUCACAGUCAUACAUCGGCAUGCCGCACGGAAUCAUCCGUGCGACUGUCCUCAUUGAGACACUCCCUGCUGCCUUCCAAAUGGAGGAGAUCUUGUUUGAGCUCCGUGAGCACUCAUCGGGAUUGAACUGCGGGCGAUGGGACUACAUCUUCAGCUUUAUCAAGCGCCGCCGUGCUGACCGAACAGCUGUCCUGCCAGACCGCUCAGACGUCACUAUGGAGGUGCCCUUCAUGGACGCCUACGUUCGCCUCCUUAUCCAGACCUGCCACAGGCGCAAAGUCGCUGCCAUGGGUGGCAUGUCUGCUCAGAUCCCCAUCAAGGACGACCCGAAGGCGAAUGAAAUUGCCAUGAACAAGGUUCGCGCGGAUAAGCUGCGCGAGGUCAAGAACGGCCAUGACGGUACCUGGAUCGCCCACCCGCUCAUCAACCAGAUUGCCAUGGAGAUUUUCAAUGAGCACAUGGUUGGUCCCAACCAGUACCACAACCGCCGCGAGGACGUCAAGGUGACUGCUGCCGAUCUCCUUAACACUACCGUCCCCGGAAAGAUUACUGCUGCUGGUGUCCGCUCUAGCGUCGCUGCCUCACUCGCCUACAGCGGCGCGUGGGUUGGUGGCAAUGGCUGCAUCCCGCUCAACUAUCUCAUGGAAGAUGCCGCGACCGCAGAGAUUACGCGCGUGCAACUCUGGCAAUACGUCAAGUACGGCUCGCGCCUGGACACGGGAGAGCACGUUACGGCGGAGUACAUCGACCGUGUCGUCGACGAGGUCGCGCCGACGCUCAAGGGCGGUUCCAUCACCGAGAAGAACCUCGAUAUCGUGGCGCGCUACCUCAAGAAGCAGGUCCGCCAGGAGUGGCCGAGCGAUUUCCUGACGAGUGACCUCAUGCCGUACCUUGCUAUCGCAGACGGGUGCCCGCCCCAGUUCCUGCGUAGCGUGCUCUGAGCGCGUUCACAAGUCUCGAUUUUCUUAUGAUCGUGUUUUCUCUUUCGGCAACAAGUGUCUAUGUAUCAGUGGCAUUAUAUGGCAGUCCGCGCCAGGAUGUAUCGUAUAUUCGUCUAACAAGCCUGGUUUCCAAAGUCAUUAAUGACUUGCGCUUGGUGGUGUCUCGAUGUGGGGCUGCUUCCAUGCACGAUGCUGUCCAUAUUUGUAUGUAAGGUUUAAUAGAUAUCGCUGGACCCU